ACUGCAAUGAGACAAAAUACGGCCAUUCACACUGACGCGCCGCGUGCACUGAGCAAGUGUAAGGAUAGGUGCACGCUAAUCGAUAAUUUCCUCGCAGGGGUUCUAGGGGGAUCUCGCAAUUAAUACGCUCGCGCUUAAAUUACUGCGUCAACCGUGCUCCUGGGGCAUGUCACAGGUAGAGGCGUAGUCGAUAAUCCUCGUCAUGUGAGACUGGGUAUCUCGGUUUGUGCGCGUGUCAACAUAGGUGUAAUGUUGCCUAUCUUGCGUGCGAAGUAAACAAGUGUGAUGCGGGUGCAGUAGUCGUGCGCCGUGUGUGAUUGCGUGUCGGUUCUACUAAGAUCUGGCUUUCCGAGCUGAAGUGUCUGUGUUUCCGUGCGUGUGUGUAACGCUUCUCUCUUGCCCCCAUGAAUAUCCCUCCCGGAGCCGAGAUUUUAUGGACUGACUCUAUCGGAGACCGCCCCAAUAUCGUACAGGAACUGGUCAUUCAAUCGUUGGUGAAAGAAAUGAGCAAGCCGGAGAACAACAUCAACGCUCUGUCCUGGCGGAGGCUGCAUCUCAGCAGGGCAAAGCUCAAGGCUUCCAGCAGGACGUCGGCUCUUCUCUCUGGAUUUGCCAUGGUGGCCCUGGUAGAGAUCCAGCUGAGCAAGUCAAUCCCGCCACAGCUGCUGAUUGCAUUCAGCGUGUGCACCACACUGCUUGUCUCGGUGCACAUGCUGGCACUCAUGAUCUCGACCUGCAUCUUGCCAAACUUGGAGGCCGUGGCCAGUGUGCACGGUAUCGCCGCCGUCUCAGAGUCACCCCACGAGAAGAUGCACCUCUACAUCGAGACUGCCUGGGCAUUCUCCACAGUCUUUGGUAUCUUGCUCUUCAUGGCAGAGAUCGCUAUUCUCUCCUGGGUCGUCUUCCACGACUACAGCCGACAGGCGGCCCUUGCGGCCACCAUCAUCCUCAUACCCGUCGCCAUAGUGUUUGUCAUCUUUGCUGUGCACUUCUACCGACAGCUGGUUACGCACAAGUUUGAACAGUCGGUGAUGAGUGUAAAAGAACUCGAGAACAUGGUCAGCCAACUUCAAGACGGGGGCGGGACCAGCACCGACAAUGGAGCGUCGCUUCUCAGUGUCUGAACUUGAUGACGCUUGACGAACUGCAUUCACCCACUUUCCUGCCACAAGGCAUGGAAAGUGGUGGUGUCAUACAGCGAAUGUAAUUUAUUGUUGUGCUCGCUGCCGGUCACUUAUUGACAGGCAUGUGCAAGUAUUGUUUGCUACAAAAGCCUGUUCUACAAGCCUCAUAGUGCCAUUAACACGAGGUACGAUGUGCUGGAUAUUAGUCAGCCACGUUGAACCGGUGCAUUAAUGCCAGAACCCUUAGAAAGCCCUGGCAGCUUUCUAGUUCCUCUGUACACCAUGCAGAUCAUGCUUGUACAUUUGUAGCUUGACAAGCAAGCAUAUAAUAUGUGAAGAACGAGGUAAAGAGCAUUAAAGACACAAUGAUUAAUAAUGAAAAGUUUCAUAAAUUAAUCUGCUUUUGUACAUGCGCACAGUAAAACUUUUAUUUGAAAGAUACAGUGGCAAUGAAUUCGCUGGUAGCCAGCAUCAGUUAUAAGAGUCUAAAUUCGUAAGCUAGCGCAUGCUGUGACGUGCUCUUAUAGCCUAAUCUCUCCCAGAAUGUAAAUUAGAAGCUGCAGCUCAUCGCAUUAACAGUGACACUUGCAUAGCCAACCGACUGUUGAGCCUGUGAUGGAAGUGAUCGUAUUUAAAGCUUCCAUGACAAGUUUUGCUUUCAAGUCUGCAACAUUGGUGCACGUUUUUUUUCCAGCAUUUGUUCCUUUCUUUAACUUUUGUCCUUGGUUUGAUCUGUCGAACUUUAACUAGUUAGUCAUCCCAGCUUCCAUUUUUGAUUUCUUCCUUCAGGUACACUAUAUACGUGCAUUUGUUCACUAUUGCUUGAGGUUGUUUGCACCUACCAAGCAAGUUUAUAAUCUCUUUCACUGUUUUUAGAAGGAUGAUAAUUGACGAGCUUUUUUAGUGUUAAACGCCUCGGAUUUCUUGCAUGCAACAAGAAAGUUUAUUUAUACGUCUCCGCUCUUUGGUGGAACUCUUCAUUGAAACUCUUCAUUGAAGAGUUUCAAUGAAGAGAUUGAGUCGAGGCAGCGAUUGUUUGAGAAUUCGAAGUGCUUUUCAUGCAGGAAGUACAAUAAAUAGAAUAGUAUUCCAUGCUAGCCGUUUGUGUCUUGUGCUUACAGUGCUAACGAGGAAAGCUACAAUGAUUAAUAACGAAAGAUUUAUAAAUUAAUCUGCUUUUGUGCAUGAGCAUUUUAAAACUUUUAUUUAAAAGAUGCGGUGGUAAUGAAUUUUCUGGUAGCCAGCACCAGUUGUAAGAGUCUAAAUUACAUACUUGCCAUCAUCUACCAAGACAAUCCAAUGUCCAGUCACCUUGUUCUAACUGCUCUCAAAUUGACGUCCAAUCAAUAAAAUAUUGGCCAUUUUUAUGUCAA